AUGGUAGCAGCCGAUUACACGUUUGUGACUUUCUUGAAGACCCUAGCUGAUCAUGAUGUAGCCACAAGAAUGAAUUAUGGUUACAACGCUGGUUGUCUGGUGUUGCUUAUAUGGCUCGUUGGUUAUGGUGGAAUACUCCCGGCAUUUGAGUUCACACGACGAGUAUUAUGGACGUUGAUGGGCCAGCAGAUGUGGGUGUUGUGCUCAGCAGGAAGCAAGUAUUUGAAGGAAAAAGUGGACGAGCAUGGUGCUCUUUGGAAGAUAGGCUUGUACUGGUCGAAGUUUCAACGUAUUGUCACUGCGAAUUCCCGGACGGUCGGAUUCGUUUACAAAGUUGGCGUCAUCGCUUUGGCCGUGGUGCUGCUGUUGUACUAUGCUUACUCAGUUUUGAUGCGGCUCUUCGCAUUUGCAGUAUGGCCGUGGUACAUCGUGGAGACUGGCAAAACAGUUUCCAAGAAGGCUCACUGGGAUUAUCGGCCUUGCUUGGCGUUCGCUCUGCUGUUCCUCUCGACUGAGCUUUUACUGGCCCCACGACUGAUCUUCCCUUUCUCAACCAUGUUCAACAUGGCUCACAUGCCCAUUGUUUUUGGUUUGAAAUACUUCGGAGAAUUCGUACUCGACUCGGCUGGAGAAGCUAUCGUAUUUUUAUAUGCGAAACUCAUCCCAAACGUUUCUGCUAAAUCCAAGGAGAGCGCGAUUUUGAAGGUUAGCAAGCGUUUUGGAGGGGUGGAGAGCGCCAAGGCCACGGACGAUGUGCAGAAAAGAGUUAUGGCGUUGAACACGGAAAGCUCGAAUGAGGUCGUGUCGGAUCGAGAAACGGAGACCACUGUUCGAGUGGCUCGUGAAGGGGAGACUCACCCAGAGGAAGGAAAAGAGGAUGCACCUGCUGAGGAAAUGCAUGAAACCAAGAAUCUGGAGAAGAGCAAUGAUGAGGAGAAGAGCAAUGAUGAGGUUACCAGCAUCUCCAAGAGAGGUCCGCGAAGAUCGUCUAGGCUGUCUUCUGUGAGGCAGCGAGCCUCUGCUGCAUUGGCCAUGCAGACGUUCUCCAGAGCUAAGGUGGUCGAGAGAAGUGAUCCUUCGGUAGAGGAUCGGCUUGAUCGUCUGGAACGGCAGAUGGCCGAUGUGGUCAGUCAGAUGUCGGAGUUGACUAAGACAACGUCGAAAAUUACUGGUCUUACUCGGAAGGUGAGCGCCUUCACCAAUCAAUGCUUCGCUCAAUACGUAGAUGGCUUACUGUCACUUGGCCGUACUGAGGAUUAUUAUCGCGUGGAAUGGAGCGCGAGUGAAUCACAGAGGACCUCAACUUUUUGCAAAUAUGACAGCGGAGAUGCGAUGUUCGAGUUUGUGGAGGGAUCACGCAGAGAACAGGUCGCAGGACCGUACAAGGAGUUGCUACCCCGAUUCGCGAGCGUCAAUGCUUUCGCUUACGUGACCUCCACCAUAGAUAUAAGUUUGAAAAAGCACAUGACUCUCGAGUCUUGCUCCAAGUUAUUCGAUUCCAUCGAACAAAAUCCUCCCCCGGGUCACCAACCUGGGGGAGCCUGGAUUGGCAGUUUCAUCGCCGGUCAGAUGAAUGAAGCAAUGGAUCUCGCAAGGAAAUACAAACAAUAG